AAUAAUUAAAAAGCUACAUAGUGUGUUAGAUAGCCCUUAAGUGAGAGAUCAUUUCAAAUAAGAAGACUAGUCAGUUUAUCAUAAGUGUCAAUCUCCAUUAAACAAAAUAAAAAUGUUAGUUGUUUUCUUAAUAUAAGGAAUUAAGCUAGCAAAAUGGACAAAUUAACUUUAAUAUCAGGAACACUUUUUAUGGCAGCUGAUGUAUUUGCAAUAGUUAGCUUGGCUAUGCCAGACUGGAUCAUUACAGAUGUUGGAGGAGAUACUAGAUUGGGUUUAAUGUGGACAUGUAUGACUCUGUAUAAUAGACCACAAGUAUGUUUCACGCCAGACCUUCAACCGGAAUGGUUAUUAGCAUUAGUGUGUAUAUUUGUUGGAUGUAUUUGUAUAACCACUACCAUUAUUCUACUGGCUUCUUCACAUUGGGAUAGAAAUGUAGUACCAUAUGCUAGAUGGGUAGGAUUUACAGCAAUGGUAUUAUUUUGCUUGGCAGCAGUGAUUUUCCCAAUGGGCUUUCAUGUAGAUGAAAUUGGAGGACAACCCUAUCAACUACCUGGUAGUCAUCAAGUUGGUAUCUCAUAUAUUCUUUUUAUCUUAUCUCUAUGGAUAACUGUCAUUUCAGAGCUAUUUGCAGGCAAAGUAUGUCUGCCACAUUUUUAGCAUAAACAUUUUAUUCUUUCAAUAUUGAUUAUUGCUGGAACUUACUAUUCGUAUUUUUGGGGGAAAAAGAUUCCAUAAUUCAUAGGCAUUACAGCUAUAUAUGAAUCCUUGGAUUGUUCUGCUUUUUUUUAAAUAGAGUGAUCCACAAAAUGCAUGUCAAAUUGAACACAGACAUUGAUUUUUUCGUUAGGAAAAUUCAAAUGUAGUUUAAAAUAUUUUUUUCAAUAUUGAGUGUGAAAAGGACUAUUGUGUCUUUUAAAUUCCAACAUUGUAUAAAUCAAAUAUGACAAUUUUUCAGGAAGCAAAAAAACUGCUUUUUAUAGCUAUCAAUACAUUUUUUUUGAAAAUUUUUAAACAUAGAUUGGAUUUAAGAUUUUUGUCUCAGUUGUCUUGAGGUGCAUCUUUGGAUUCUAUAUCAACUGACAUUUAAAAAUAAAAAAGGCAUUUUUUGGAUUUACGUGGUGUUAAAACUUGAGCCACAAAAUAUUAUCUCUAAUGUUUAUUUAAUAACAAUUAGCAAUUCUAUAGGUUGUUUUGUUGACUUUGAGGCUAAAAUGAAAAAAAAAACUCGCAUGUGCAUCAAUGGUUGGAGUAGGAGAAUAACGUGUGAUUCCAGCCUUUGGUAAUGCAUAUGGCUUCUCUGUUGUAUUGUUUCUUGUACUGUGGUAAUUAGAAGGUCUUCAUGUACCAGGGAGCAUCAAUAAUUUAAAGACUGUCUUUAAACAUAUUUUUGGAGCUAUGAUAAUUGAAUGGUAUUUAUAUGCAGCAAAACACCUUUUCAGUACCUUCUAAUAGUGUAUAAUUUUCUUCCUUAUGUACCUCGUUACUCUUUGCCAACAUUGGCAAUCACCAUUCCUGAAUUCUUGAUUACACGCAUGUUGCGAUAAUAUUCCAAAUGAAUAUAUUUUUUCUAUUUUGACAAUUUUUUCGGAACAUAUGUAUCUUUCUAGCUAUAUGAGAAAUAUAUUAGCGACAAAUUCAACAUUUUGCAACAAUUUUUUUAGAUAAAAAACUUGAAAUAGGUCGUUUUUUAAUUUUAAGUGUAAGUUUUAACAGUAUUUGAACAUGGUUUAUUACCUAAUGCCCAUAGAGAAGAAAACAAAAAGUAAUUACAUUUAUUUUAAAAUAAACGAAGUGUAAAAAUUCUCUCUAAUUCGGUCUGGCGGCUUCUGUAUAUUUUGCAAUUUUUCUGCUUUAGUUUUAUGACUCCAUUAAAAAAAUUAUAGUUAUUAGAUAUGUAUAUCUAGGGGGUCACUCUAUUAUUCUUCGUAUACCAAUCCAUGUCCAAGGAAAACAGUAGUUCAAAUGCCAUCAAACACACAUAAUGGGGAAGUGCACAAUCUUUUUAUUAAUGAACAAAAUCAAGUACUAAGCUGUUGGUUAAGGUCUGUAUAAUGUACAGAUGCAAAUGAUGGGUUAUAAUUUUCAUUAUUUCAAUCAAUGAAAGACCUAUAGCUAUACCAUGUGUAUCAAUUUUAUACAAUACUCAUUAAUAGCUUGGAGAUUAACAUAUUACGUUAUUAUUUUCCCCCCUUAUUUUUAAUUCAAUGAAAUCUUUAUCUGUGAUUAUUCAAAUUCUAAUCAAGCUUUAUUUUAUGUAAAUAUUGUAUUUUACGUUUUAGAAUAAAUGAUUCUAUGAUUUAUAAAAAA